CUCCUCUUGCCCGGGUCUCUCUUUCUGUCUCCUGUGGGUGGGAGGAGGCGCUGACGAGGGAAACCCGUUAGUUCCUCCUCCUGCGCGUCUAUAAAACUGCUUAUGAUGUCUUCCUUCAAACAGAACUGUACCUGCUGUGGAUGUAUAUCGCUUUAUUUGCACGCUGUUUCUCGAGAUGUCCGCGUCCACAGAUGUUGAGAGCCAGUCGCCCGCCGGGCGCUCCCGCAGCCGCUGUCUGGACACUUUCCUCAUCGUGUCAGUCAUCGCGCUCUUCGUCAUGUUUGCGGUCGCGCUCGCGGGCGCGUUGUUCUUCGCCAAACACAUCGAGGACGAAAUAAACGCGCGGACGUCGCGAGAGGCAGACGGGGCUAAGGACUCGUUGGCUGCGCCGUUGCUCCAGGACGGAAACGCUUACAAGAUGCAGAAUUUUGCUUACCUGAGGGCCACUGAAAGUGAACUCAAAACAGGUGUGAUGGCGUGGGAAUCUUUCCCAUACGGAAAGGGUCAGUCCAUCGGCUCUCUCUACACCUAUAAUAAAGACCAGAAUGCGCUGGACAUCAAAGAAAGUGGAAGCUACUUCCUGUACGUCCAGCUCAGUUUCUCCUGCACUGGAAAAUGUCAGUCUGGCCAAUUCACCGUCACCUUUAACAAUCAACACAAAAUGAAGGAGUUCACCUGCAGCGUUUCGCUGCCUGAACAGCACAAAGAGACGCCUCAAAGUCAGACGUGUUGGCGUGUCGUGACCUUCCCGGAAAGUAAUAACCGUCUCCUUGCCAAAUCAGAGAUUACAGGCCAACUAGGCGACUGGAAACUGACGCUGAAUGACUCUGGCUUUGGAAUGUUUCUGGUGGAUGGAUUACAGUCAGUACGUCACACAUGAUCACAACAAGCCUGACCGAACUGAUUUCGGGGUGCUCGUUUGAGUCACGUCACUUUGAUCUACUCAGGACUCUUUUCAGUUCUCUGAUGAGCAGGACUCCACUAAUGUCCACAGACUGUUUUGGCUAAUUUGGCAGUGCUUUCAGCUACCAAAAAGACUGGCUCUUUGACAUUUUAGCCACAACAUUCAAAAGCCUUCUGCCAAAUUUAGCAGAUUUGCCUCUACAACAAAAGUUCAGAAAAUGCAACGACGUCUAGAGACUUUGUCUGAGCCUGAACAGAUAAGCAAUGCUUCUUAAGCACUAUUUAUAAUUUAAGUAUAUUUAUAUGUUUAACAUGUUAAAUAUUUGUAAUAUUUAUAUUGGUGUUUUGUGUAUACUGUACAUAAUGUUGUUGAAAACGGUUGUAGACAUCACUACGUGUGCGAAGCAUCAGACCAAACUCUUUCGUUCACUGAUUGCAUGUACUGUAUUCUUCUACUGAUGUUUAGGUACAUCACAGAAAUAAUGAGUGAACUUUGACCAGCACAUCAACACUAGUGCCUCGGUUGGGUCUGUACGUUUCGCUGUACGUUCAAGAACUCGAAAAGCUGCAUGUGUGAAUGUAUGUGAACAUCUCUUCACGAACACACGCCCGUGUUGUGCGUUUGGUGUGAAGGAAAGCGCCGUAUGAAUGCAAACAAACUCAGGAACUCUAGAAAUGAAUGUAAUGACUGUGUGAAAUGCUUUAUUUUGUAAACAGAGUAUUUAAUAAAAUGCAAAAUGCUACUUUUACACAACUGUGGGCUGUUUGUUGAGGCGAGAGAGCGGGAUGAAGUUAUGUUGCGGCUCAUUUGCUUCACUGAAGCAUCAGCUGAACAUCAGG